AUGCCGGUUACGGAUAAGAGUGGUGAUUCCUAUGCAAGACCAACGUCAGAUUUCGUUGUGAAUGGCAAGUGGAAGCUUGUGCGAAAAAUCGGAAGCGGUUCUUUUGGUGAAAUUUUCCUCGGAAUUAAUAUUGAAACUGGUGAAGAGGUUGCUGUUAAGUUAGAAAAGGUCUCAGCCAGACAUCCACAGUUAUUUUUUGAGAGCAGGGUGUACCGGUUGCUUGCGGACACACCCGGCCUUCCCCACAUCCAAUACUUCGGUCUUGAUGGUGUAAAUGAUGCCUAUCAUGCUUUGGUCAUGGAUUUGUUAGGACCAAGUUUGGAAGAGCUCUUUAAUUUCUGCGGUCGAUGCUUUACAAUGAAGACAGUUUUAAUGCUUGUUGACCAGAUGCUCUGGCGUCUGGAGUUCAUUCACGCUCGUCACUUCAUUCAUCGAGACAUUAAACCGGACAACUUCCUGAUGGGCAUUGGUAAACACUGCAAUAAGCUCUUUAUCAUCGACUUUGGUUUAGCCAAAAAGUUCAGGGAUGGAAGAACCCACCGCCACAUAAGUUACAAAGAGAAUAAGGCUCUAACAGGCACUGCUCGUUAUGCCAGCAUCAACGCUCAUGCUGGAAUUGAACAGUCUCGUCGAGAUGAUCUAGAGUCUCUAGGCUAUGUACUCAUGUAUUUCCUCUGUGGAUCUCUCCCUUGGCAAGGCCUCCGCGUGAGUUUUUUUCGAGUCCAGACUAAGUGGCACUUUCGUCGUUUAACGUCCUCUCGAUUUGUCUUGAAGGCGAACACAAAAAAGCAAAAGUAUGAGCGCAUUCAUGAGAAGAAGGUGUCCACCUCGAUAGAGUCUCUGUGCCGCGGUUUUCCGCCCGAGUUCGCGCUCUAUCUGACACAUGUGCGCAAUCUGAAUUUUGAUGCUACGCCUGACUACACCCUCUAUCGGAGCAACUUCCGCGCGCUCUUCAAGGCUCUUGCUUUCAAUUGGGACUUUGUCUUUGAUUGGACCCUUCUCCGCCAGAAGUCCUCCGCUAUUCAACAACACUCCAAUGCCGUAGCGCACAACAUGCCCGUCGUCGGGGGAGGGGGAGUUGCUGCAGGGCCGACGAAGUUGCUGCCCUCCUCGAACACCACUGCUGCUGUCAUGGGCGAUGACGGAUUCGGUGCCGGGAAGCUCUAG